ACAGCGCAUACAUACACGUCCUGGAACUUCUGUCUGUCUGGUCACACCAGACACAACACGGAGUCAUGGAUCAGAAGCACAGGACGGUGACGUCCAGACGCCUGCUGCGGACAGUCUGGAGUUCAAACUCCUGAUGGCAUACGCCCGCAAGAGACGACCCACCGACACCCGUCUGCCGCAGGACGUCCCGUCUUCACCACAGCUGCCUGAAGAACACGGCAUAGCAAAGAAAAAUAAAAGAAAGAAGAGACUGUUGUCUCUCUUGAAGUGUAUUAAACCACAGACAGAUGAUGUACGUGCACGAAAGCCAGCAACAUUUGACGGCAAUAGGAAAGUGGAGAAGAUGGAGAACUUGGUCGGUGAACUGACAGAGAUAUCAGCUUCUGUGCACUUCACUCCCUGUGAAAUAGAAGCAGACGGUCCAGAAGACGAGGAGUCUGAUUUUGCGAGAAAGCUGGCUGAGCUCCUUAGAGAACAAGGUGAUGAACUGAAUGAAAAGAUUAAGGCAGACAAGGUCUUACUUGAAAUACUGCGGUCCUCGCUCUCAUACAGCUUCUUCAUGAAAGUGAUGGAAGCUUUCUGUGGAAGUGUCUCUCCAGACAUGCCUUCAGAGCAGAAAGACAAGAAAGUCAAUGUGGCUCUGGUCUGUGAAGCCACCAGUCAGCUUGUUGGCAUCCAUUAUCAUCCAGUGACCUACGUGAUGGGCUUGGGUGCCCGGUAUCUACAGGAAAAAUACUCCACGUGGAUAAACAAAAACAUGGAUGUAGGCAAUGGAGAAGCUGAUGACGAAUCCAAAGAUGAAGUCCAGUGAGCAGAUGAGAUGCUCUCUCACAUUAUAACAUCUUUCUCAGGGGCACAGGCACUUUAUAAACCUGAAAAGUGGUUUUGUUUGGUGAACCAACAAGGAUAUCUUGUUUUUGUUCCCCAUUACAUCCUCAUAGCAUCCAAGAGAAAAAAAGAGGUAGUUCAUAGUGCCAAAUCUAACUGUAUGUUUACCAUACCUCACAAAAAAUGCACGGAUACUGCAUUAUAUAUGUUUGUAUGUUUAACACCACUUGUAAACUGUUUUUGUAAUUUAAUGUAGCAUCCAAAUUGUUAUGAAUUAUUUGCCCUUUUGUUAAAUCUGUACUUUUGUUUUGAAAUUAACUUAUUUUCGUAUCCUUGAACGUUAAAGUGAUUAAGAGAAUAUAUAAUGUCUUAAUGAAAUUUAUAUAUAUAUUUUCAAUGUUAUAAUAUUAAAGAAACUGUGAAAAUUUGUAA